GAAACCCAACCCCAAAAUUCAGUCAUUCAUCCAUUAUUACCAAUAAGAAAAGAACAAAACGAAGAAGAUCGUGAAGGCCAACAACCAAAAUGAUGACUUUCUUUCAUUAUUGAUCAAAACAAAACGAAUAGAAGAAUCCUCUUAUUUUAUAUCUUUGGCUUUAAAAUCUGUAAAAGUAGCACAGAAACUAGCUAAUUAAUUAUGGGAGGAGAAGGACUAUCAGACCAAGAUGAUGAUCAUGAGGUUCCACUUCUUGAACACCAACAUGCAUCACCACAAUCGCCAUCGUCUUCUUCAGAACACUUUAAGAGAACUGGGAGUUACUGGACAGCAAUAGCGCAUAUAAUAACAGCGGUAAUAGGAUCAGGAGUACUUUCAUUGGCAUGGAGCACUGCUCAGCUUGGUUGGAUAGCAGGACCCUUAGCGCUGUUCAGUCUAGCAGGGAUCACACUUGUAUCUGUUUCCCUCUUAUCAGAUUGUUACAGGUCACCUGACCCUGAAUUCGGCAUCAUCAGGAAUCGUUCCUACACCAUGGCCGUCAAGUAUUAUCUAGGAAAGAAGAGUGUAUUAUGGUGUGGGGUAAUCCAGCAGACGUACUUGUAUGGCACUGGCAUUGCCUAUGUCAUUACGGCCGCCACCAGCAUGAGAGCAAUUUAUAGAUCGAAUUGUUAUCACUACAAAGGCCAUGAGGCUCCAUGCGAUCAUGGAGAUGCAUUUUAUAUGCUUCUCUUUGGAGCUAGUCAGAUUGUGUUUUCGCAGAUACCCAAUUUCCAUGACAUGGAAUGGCUCUCCAUAGUCGCAGCAAUCAUGUCAUUCUCGUAUUCCUCAAUUGGAUUUGCUCUUGGCUUUGCCAAAGUAAUUGAAAAUGGAACUAUUCAAGGAAGCUAUGGGGGAAUUCCCCAAGCUACAGCAGCUAAGAAAGUAUGGAAGGUCUGUCAAGCACUUGGAGACAUUGCUUUUGCCUAUCCAUACUCCACAAUUCUCCUUGAAAUACAGGAUACUCUGAGGUCACCGCCGGCAGAAAACAAAACUAUGAAGAAAGCAUCUAGGUCAGCGGUCUUCAUCACCACCUUCUUCUAUCUCUGUUGUGGAUGCUUUGGAUACGCAGCUUUUGGGAACCAAACUCCAGGGAACCUUUUGACUGGGUUUGGGUUCUAUGAGCCGUUCUGGCUUAUCGACUUUGCUAAUGUUUGCAUCAUUGUUCAUUUAGUGGGAGGAUACCAGGUGUACAGUCAGCCCGUCUUUGCAUUCAUGGAAGGAUGGCUAGCAGAGAAGUAUCCCAACAGUGGCUUUAUCAACAAAUCCUACAAUCUCAAAAUCCCUUUGCUUCCAAGUCUCAAUCUGAGUCCUCUAAGGCUAUGCACUCGAACUUUUUAUGUUGCUACAACAACAGGAAUUGCAAUGACUUUUCCAUACUUCAACCAAGUUUUGGGAGUAUUGGGUUCUUUGACCUUUUGGCCCUUGACUAUAUAUUUCCCGGUGCAGAUGUACUUUGUGCAACUGAAGAUCGAGGCAUGGACACGAAAAUGGGUUAUUCUUCAAACAUUCAGCAUUGUUUGUUUGAUCAUCAGUACAAUUGCGUUAAUUGGAUCACUUGAAGGUAUCGUAAGUGCCAAACUAGAGUAGGUUCCUUGAUUAUCUUCAUUUCCAGUGAAAGAGGAUGAAAUAUCGUAUGGUGUUUCCUAUAAUCAACUAGGAAAGAUAGAAUUAAUGUAAUUGCGAAGUUCUUGUAUGUGCAAGGGCAGUUUGUCAUGAAUUUUAUUUCCACUUUCCAAUUUUUUUUCUUUCUUUUUCACUAUCAACACAGCAAUUGUAAUUUUAAACAAUCCUAUGUAAUAUCUCUGAAUCCAUGAAAAUCAAUAGUAACUGAUGCAAUCAACCUUUAUUUUAUUUAUUGGUAGG